GCCCCCAUUCGGGCCCGGCCUCGCGGCGGCGGCGACUCGGCAGCUCCGCCGCGCCCGCGCGUCCCGGGAGUCGGCGCGGCGCGUGACAUCACUGGUGGUUUCUCCCGCCUGCCUGCAGUGAGCUUUCCAAGUUACUCCAGACUCCUGUGCUCCAAGAAAUCAGACCAUCCAGCUUGUCGAAGGCAGGGUCGGCCUUCCACCACGGAGAGCCCAGCUGUCAGCUGCCUCACGGGAAGAUGCUGGGUGUGCGUGUGGCCACCGCCCUGGGCGUGCUGUGGUUCUGCCUCACAGGCACCGCCGUGGAGGUGCAGGUCCCCGAAGACCCCGUGGUGGCCCUUGUAGGCACCGAUGCCACCCUGCGCUGCUCCUUCUCGCCCGAGCCGGACUUCAGCCUGGCGCAGCUCAACCUCAUCUGGCAGCUGACGGACACCAAACAGCUGGUGCACAGCUUCGCCGAGGGCCGGGACCAGGGCAGCGGCUAUGCCAACCGCACUGCGCUCUUCCCCGACCUGCUGGCUCAGGGCAACGCGUCCCUGAGGCUGCAGCGCGUGCGCGUGGCCGACGAGGGCAGCUUCACCUGCUUCGUGAGCAUCCGGGACUUCGGCAGCGCCGCGGUCAGCCUGCAGGUGGCGGCCCCCUACUCAAAGCCCAGCAUGACCCUGGAGCCCAACAAGGACCUGCGGCCCGGGGACACGGUGACCAUCACGUGCUCCAGCUACCGGGGCUACCCCGAGGCUGAGGUGUUCUGGCAGGACGGGCAGGGCGCGCCCUUGACUGGCAACGUGACCACGUCGCAGAUGGCCAACGAGCAGGGCUUGUUCGACGUGCGCAGCGUCCUGAAGGUGGUGCUGGGCGCUAAUGGCACCUACAGCUGCCUGGUGCGCAACCCCGUGCUGCAGCAGGACGCUCACGGCUCCGUCACCAUCACAGGGCAGCCCAUGACAUUCCCCCCUGAGGCCCUGUGGGUGACAGUGGGGCUCUCUGUCUGUCUCGUCGCACUGCUGGUGGCCCUGGCCUUCGUGUGCUGGAGAAAGAUCAAACAGAGCUGUGAGGAGGAGAAUGCAGGAGCUGAGGACCAGGAUGGGGAGGGAGAAGGAGCCAAGACGGCCCUGCGGCCUCUGAAACACUCUGCAAACAAAGAAGAUGAUGGACAAGAAAUAGCAUGACCACAAGGACCAGGGAGCUGCUGCCCCUGUCCUGGGGGCUCCCACCUCUGGCUGCACUGGGGCCUCAGUGUGAGCCCUGGGCUGGGGCUUCCCUGCCCCCAACAGAUGGCUCCCACUCUGGUGGGUCUACUCAUUCUGCAAAGGACACGACACACAGACCACCCUGCAGCCUUAUUUCUCCAAUGGACACGAUUCCCGAGUCAUCCUGCUACCUUAUUUCUCCGUGACACGAUGCAUAAAUCAGCCUGCUGCCUUAUUUCUUAUGGACACAAGACACAGACCACCCCACCACCUUAUUUCUCCAAUGGAUAUGCUACACGGACCAUCUGGCUGCCUUUUUUCUCCAAAGGACACCGACCCUCUGCCUUAUUUCUCCAAAGACAUGACACACAGUCCCCCCUUUCCGUGUUUCUCCAGUGAUCCUGAUACACUAGUUAUCACUUCUUGGCCUUGCUCGCAUCUGCCUGUAAUCCCAUCUCCUCAGACAGGGGUACUGCAGCCUCAGCAUUUCCUUGAGUCCAGAGGGGUCUCCUCCUGCUCUGGGCCCAGUGUUGGCCUUUUCCCUCCCCCGGGCAUGUCUAUGUGAAGACAGCCACCUCCCCCGGGCAUGCAGACACGCAGGUGCACGUGCUGGAACACGUACCCACCUCCCUGGCCCAGUCUCUUCCAUGGUGCUCUGGGCUGUGCCCGUGAGCCCCCCCCACCGCCCACCCUCCCCAAGGGAAGCAUGUGCUGGUCACACUGGGUCUCUGGGCUGCUGCAUGGCCCCCCUGGGGGUCAGCUUCUGUCCGUCUGCUUUUCCUGCCUUUCCUUUCAUGUGUCCCUUCAAGUAAUGUUCCCUGAGCAUCCGUGGUGUGUCAGCGCUGCGUUAGGAGUGUGAGAAGAUGAGCCCCUCCCUCAAGCAGCUCGCUCUUCAGCUGGGAAACCCGUGUGGAAACAGCGGUUCAUGAGGGGGCUCCUGCCUUGCUCCCUACUGUACUCCUCUGUGCCCACAGCUCCCUGGAUACCUCACCCCCAUCCAUCCCUAACCCUUACCCAGAGCAGAGGGCGGGGGCAGGAUCCUGGAGAGAAGGACGGAGCCUCUCGCCACAAGUGGAGAAUCUGAUGGUUUCCAAAGUGUCUUUCCAGGGGUGAGCAGGUGGCCAAGGCCCACCAGAUCUGGAGAGUGAAGCCUAGGGGACACCUGGGGCCUCUCCUCGUGGGCUGGAGCCUGGGGGCAGGGACAUAGCCACCCCUCCCCCAUGGUGCUACUCUGAGGCUGGGGCAGACAGUUCCCAGCUUGUCUCCAGCCGGCCCCCAGCAUCUGGCAGAGUGACCUUCUGGUGUUCUCUUGCUGACCUGUCUCCCUUCGCCAGGAAUGGAAGACAUGGGGAUUUCUAAUUUAAAUGUGGGACUCUGAGGAAUUUUGUUAACUGCGGGUGUAUUUGGGAAAAAUAAAUGCCUUCGUAGAAAGUUUUUUCUCUGCAGAGUAUGUGGAAACAGGCCGGGCAUCAGGACUCGGCAGGAGGGAUUCCCUCCUGGACAGUUGAGGCCGGGGUAGGGAUGCCUG